CGGAUAGGGCGAUACGAUGGUAUGCUGGGAAAUGUAGUUCCUAUGGCGCAUGCGCGGGAUCACUACUUGGGCCGGAUGCUCGGGAAGGUGGUUGUCAGGAGCCGGAGAGCUAGUGGUAACAGUUAAAAUCGGUUCGCUGCACAAUGUCGUUUACACUGCGAUGGAUAUGUCAGCUAGGACCAAGGGUCUACAAGUGUUGUUCACCCCUCAUACAAUCAGCAGUCCAGCAUCGAGUCAGCCGUCCAGCUCUCUGUAGUCAGUGUGAGGCCCUGUACGUAACUACGAGCCGACUACUUGCCACCAAGAAGACCAAAGUGAAAUCCAAAGGACACCCAGGAUCUCGAGUGAACAUCAAUGCUGCUUUAGUGGAGGACAUUAUCAACCUAAAUGAAUUAAAACAAAAUAUGUUGGAAAUCGUAGAGAAUCUUAAAGAUGAUUAUGGGAAGAAUCUGAGCAUAAGAACCUCUCCAGGUGCUUUGGAUCAUAUAACGGUUACAACUAACAGUGGAAAAUUCCCAUUAAACCACUUGGGACAAAUCUCCAUGAAAUCACCUCAACUCAUUUUAGUAAAUAUGACAAGUUUCCCUGAGGCAACAGUGGCUGUCACCGAGGCCAUAAGGGAAAGUGGAAUGAACCUGAACCCCGAAGUGGAUGGAACUCUGAUCAGGGUGCCAAUUCCUAAGGUGACCAGAGAGCACAGGGAACAUCUAGCCAAACUUGCAAAGCAGAUAACAAACAAGUCAAAGGAAUCGCUGCGAAAACUGCGCGCCAAUGCCAUUGCACAAGUUAAGAAAUCAAAGGAUUCUGUCUCUGAAGAUACAAUCAGACUGCUGGAAAAGCAGAUUCAACAGAUGACAGAGGAUGUUACUGCUGACAUGGACAAACAUCUUGUGGCUAAAACCAAAGAACUGCUGGGAUGAUCAGGAUGGGGAAAAUGUGCGAAAUGAGCUGGGAAUAAGCAAAGCCUUUUCCCUGCUCCCUUCCCCCACCCCUAUUCCCAAAAACCUAGUGCUCCUGUUUGUAAGUACUGGCAGUCAGAGAGUUUAUUCCGGACACCAUUUUCUACAUGUUCCUAAAGAAAGAUUUGCAUUUAAUUACUUCCUUUCACACAGUCUAAAGCUCUGAAGUACUUUUGAGGUGAUAUCACUGAUAAAAUGCAGCAGUCAGCUUUAAAUACAGCGAUCUGCCUGGCUCAGCUGAAAAGUUCAAGAACACAGUUAUCUUUCAGCCCACAGAAUCUUGGAGGAUUCUUCAUCUGAUAGGGCAGACGGCCUCAUCUCUCCUGAAAGAAGGCACCUCUGACAGUUUAACCUUCCCGUAGCACUGUGCCCGAAUGUCAACUCGUCCUCAGCUGUCCAGCGUGAGACCGGUACCCUCAACCAUCUGACUCCGGGGUCCAUGGACCCCUUACUUACUGGUUUACGGCAUAAAAAAGGUUGGGAACUCAUGAUCUAACUCCACUAAUACACGUUACAUAGCCUGUGAACUUUAAUGAACUAUGGAACAUGGAUUCUAUCCACAGAGCUGUGGGUGCAGAACCCCUGCCCGUUAUUCUCCUCACUUCUCGUUAACUGGGGACAGUGCACGUCCAAUUUCACCAUUCUUGAUCUUUAUGACUCGGAUGACUACUUUCAGAAUAAUGGUCUACAGGUUAUCUCCUGAGGAGGUGAACAUUUCUAUAAAUGGAAGUUUUCCUCUCCUCCUUAUCCUUAGUUCUGCAUCGCACCACGUUACACAAUGGUCACUGAAGGUACUCUGUACAAUGAUGAGGCUUGAUUCAUCUUCAUUCUACACACUUGCUGCUACAGUGCCACAGUAGGGUAACAGUUAGUGUGACACUGUUGCAGUUUGGGGCAUUGGAAUUUGGAGUUUAAUUCCGGUGUCCUCUGUAAGAAUGUUUGUGCAUUCUUCCCGAAUGUAUAUGUGUUUCUUCCAGGUGCUUCAGUUUCCCCUCUCAAUCCAAAGGGUUACCAGUGAGCAGGUUAAUUGGUCAUUGUAAAUUGUCCUGUGAUUAGGUGGUGAGUUACUGAGCAGCUCUGCUCGUUGUGCUGGAAGGGCUUGUUCUGCAUUGCAUCCCAAAUUAAUAAAUGAAUAAAUAAAUAGAUACAGAAAAUGCAAUUGACAUUUCUAACCAAUGUGCCUCAAUAAAUUCAUUCAGUGAAGCAGAAUAAUUCAAUUUAACAGAUGUGAGAAGAAGCCUGCACCAUUUUAUCACUCAAACAAUGAUAAUAAUUGGGAGGUUCUUUUAUAAUACUACCAACAGAAAUUGGUGAUUGUAAAAUAAUUGUUCUUUUCACAAAAUUCCCUUCCAGAAAUCUAUAAACAAUAUGAGCUGAUGUGUUUCUUAAAUCAUCGCUCAUGUCUUAUUGAUUUGCAACAGGUGACUCCGGAAAUAAACACAAACAAUUUUAUCUGACUAUAUUUAAUGUUUUGCAUCAAAAUCAUGUCUUUCCUGAAUAAAUAAUUCAGUGCUGUGGUUUUCAUUUGUGGCUGUAGAAAAGUUUUAUUUGGAGAAGUUUGUAAUUUUUCCAAAAUGUCAAGAACAGUAUGGCCUUUACAGAGUUCAAUUUCCCAUUGUUAAUUUGGUUCAGUAUUCAAGCAUCAGUUUCUGGGAAAUGCAGAUUUUGUCAUGAGUUAGAUGUAUGUAUUGGUGGUCCAUGAGCCAGUUCCUGUCGGGGCAUCAGAGGUGGACAAGGUCAGCAACUUUAAAUUUUUCAGUGUUACCAUUUCAGACAACCUGUUCUGGGCCUAGCACACAAGUGUAACAAUGAAGAAAGCAUGGCAGUGCCUCUACUUCCUUAAGAGUUUGUGAAGAUUCUUUGUGACAUCUAAAACUUCGACGAAUUUCUGUUGAUUGGGUUUGGAGAAUAUAUUGAUUGGCUGCAUCACAACCUGGUAUGGGAACACCAAAGCCCUCGAAUGGAAAAUCCUACAGAAACGAACCUCAGUCUUGUAUAUGGUUAAAGGGGUUAAUGGGGUUAAGAGGAAUAAUAAAUCAGCCAUGAUGGAAUAGUGGAGCUAACUUGAUGGGCUAAAUGGUCUAUUGGUCUAAUUCUGCUCCCAUGUCUUAUGGUCAAAGGUUAGUAGAAUUUUGUUGGAAGGGGUGUAACAAUGCACAACAUGCUCAAUCUUCAGUCUUUCUUCAGGGUUUAUGAGGUGCCAGUUUGAAAGUCAAAUAUUCCUGAAUCAGAGUAUGGAGGCGACACGGCUGGCAAUGUUAUCCGAGCAUGGGAUUUGUCAUCGACUGUCCAUCUCUUCACCUCUCUGAGGUCACACCAGGUACCCUUAAUACGUACUGUAGGUGGAGGCAGUGAAAUCAGACUCGGAUACAGAUUCACAUGCACAUUAAAACAUACAGUGAAAUGUGUCAUUUGUGUUAACAACCGUUACAACCUAAGGAUGUGGCAGUCCCCACCCGCAAAUGUCACUGCACCAGCCCUCAAUGUUCAGCAGAACAAUGCAACACACACACAGUGCUGGAGGAACUCAGCACCUCAGGCAGCAUUUGUGGAAAUGAAUAAACAGUCAACUUUUUGCCAAGACCCUUCUUCAGGACUGGAAAGGAAGGGGAAAGAUGCCAGAAUAAGGAGGAGGAGGGAGGGGAAGGAGGACAAGCUAGAAUGUGAUGGGUGAAGCCAGGCGGGAGGGAGGUGAUGGGAGGGAGAGGUAAAGGGCUGGAAAUGAAGGAAUCUGGUAGGAGAUUGGAGCAUGGGAGAAACGGAAGGAGGAGGAACACCAGGGAGAGGUGUUAGACAGGUGAGGGGAAGAGGUUAGAGGUCAGAGUGGGUAAUUGUAGGAGGUAGGGGAAAAAACCACAAAUCCUUCUCCUCCCUCCCAGCCACCCACUCACACACUCAGAUCGUCCUCCAACCCCAAGACAGGCCACCUCUGAGCACACAAGAUGAGAUCAAAUCACAUGAACUCUUAGUUAACUGGCAUGAAACAGGAUUGCAGAGGUGAUAGAUCCGUAGAGCAGUACAGCACAGAUACUGGCUCUUUGGCCCCUCUGUGCCAAAUUAUUAAGCUGCCUGCACCUGGACCAUACCCCUCCCAUCCAUGUACCUGUCCAGAUUUCUCUUUAAUUCUGCAUUUGAACCCACAACCUCCACUUCUGCUGGCAGCUCAUUCUGUACUUGCACCACCCUCUGAGUGAAGAAAUUUCCCCUCAGGUUCCCCUUAAACAUUUCAUCUUUCACCUUUAACCCAUGGCCUCUAGUCUCAGCUAAUCUCAGUGGAGAAAGCCCGCUUACGUUUAAUCUAUCUGUUAUUCAUUAUGUGCCAUGUAAUAUGAUGUGGCUGAUCAUGGUCUUUCCAUGACUAUGAUUGUUCUUGGCAAAGUUUUCUGCUGAAGUAGCUUGCCAUUGCCUUCUUCUGGGCAGUGUCUUUACAAGACUAAUGUCCCUAGCUGUUAUCAAUACUCUUCAGAGAUGGUCUGCCUGGAGUCAGUGGUCACAUAACCUGGACUUGUGACGUGCACCAGUGACCAUCCACCACCUGCUCCCAAAGCUUCACAUGACCCUGAUCGGGGCUAACCGGGUGCUGUACCUUGCCCAAGGUGACCUGCUGGCUAGCAGAGGGUAGGAGAGUCUUACACUUUGUUUGGUAGAGACGUAUCUCCACUCUAUCACCCUAUCUAUACCCCUCAUAAUUUUGCAUAACUCAAUAAAAUCUCCCCUCAUUCUCCUACACUCUAGGGAAUAACCUAUUUGACCUUUUUAAGGUGAGUGUGACAAUCUCUUAGUGAUCAAAUUACCUUUCAAGAUUCAGUAUAGUUCAUUGUCAUAUACACCAGCAUAAUGAAAUUACUUGCUUGCACAGAGUAAACUAACUGUGUGAAACACCCCGGUUUCCUUGGCUGUGUAAGUCUGAGGAAGACAACCUACGGCCCCACCAAACUCUUGUGAUUGAGACGUGCUUGAUCCCACCCCAAACCUUGGUUUGUGUGGAUGCUGUGUCAUUGCCUACCCUGUUACAAAUUAAUGCCAUGAAGUAACAUGAUUACACUGUGUACAAUUAAAGGAAUUAUAUUCAUGAAUUUUAACUGAAGGGUAGUAAAGAAUAACAAAAAGAAGGUAGCCUAUUCUAAUUAAACAAACAAAUGCGCACAAGUUGGAGCUCAUCUUGAACUUCUCUGUCACUCACAUGCUGGACCCUCGGUCAACGUGAAACCACACACCACCAUUCGAACGUCGUUCGCAAUCCAUCUCGAGCAAACAGAUCUCCCACCGGAUCGUAUACUACGACUGAUUCUCCACACGUCUAUUUUCUUCAUCUCCUCUUGAAACAAAACCCCAAGCCCAACCUUAUUGUACCUCACCAAGAAAACCUCCCACUAAUUGGAUGGCACAUCAGCCCUUGUCUUCAACAAUAACCCAAACAGGCUGAAAUCAGAACAGCGGCUAAAUGAAAUACCUACAGCAUAACAGGAAAGAUGUGAACCAGGGCAUUACACGUAUAUACAUAUGACAUGUUUGCCUUUAUUAUUUGAGGUAUUGAGUUCAAAAGUCAAGAAGUUAUGUUGUAGCUUCAUAAAAUUCUAGUUUGGCCACAUCUUGAAUAUUGCAUACAAUUCUGGUCACCCCAUUACAGGAAGGAUACCGAGGCUUUGGAGAGGGUGCAGAAGAAGUUUACCAAAAUGCUGCCUGUAUUAGAGGGCAAGAGGUUGGACAAAUUUGGGUUGUUUUCUGUGGAGCAGAGAUCUGAUAGAGGUUUAUAAGAUUAUGAGAGGCAUAGGUAGCGUAGACAGACAGUACCUUUUUCUCAGGUUUGGAAUGCCUAAUACCAGAGGGAAUGCACUUAAGGUGAGAGGGGGUAAUUUCAAAGGAGAUGUGAUGGGGAAGUUUUUUACACAGAGAGUAGUGGGUACCUGGAAUGCACUGCCUGGUGGUUGUAGAGGUAAAUACAUUAGGGGCUUCUAAGAGACGUUUAGACAAGACAUGAAUGUGAGGAAAAUGGAAGGAUAUGGACACUGUGUAAGCAGAAGGGAGUAAUUUAGUUGGCCAUUUAAUUACUAAUGUAAUUGGUUCUGCACAACAUUGUGGGCUGAAGGGCCCGUUCCUGUGCUGUACUAGUCUGUGUUCUAUGAUAAAUACAGCGACAAGCACAAAACAGCAGAAUGUUUUAAAGACUAGUAGUAAGCCUGUUGUACAAAAAGAAAUGCUAAAGAGACAAAAGAGCCUGCAAUGUGGUCUUGAAAAUAGCCCCAAGGGGAGAAAAUCGGCAGCAGAAAUAACAGGAGCUGAAGACACGUCCCAACUCCACUGAAACGGAAAGUCCGUGUAUUUGUGUUUCACAAUUGACUCUGACUUUAUGGUCACUUGCUAAAUAAAAUGGGAACAUAUGUGAGUCGGAAAGAAAUAGUGUGAUUAUUUGGAUCAACUCAGCCUGGUUACUUUAGAAUUGUAAAUUCAGGAUUUUUGAGCAUUAUUAAUAAAUUAUGUGAUGUGAGUUGUGUGUGGUCACUCUGAGAUACUGAUUUAGAAUUCCUGAAGGUAAAAUUAGGAUUGAAAUUCCACCUAUUGAAAUUGAAAUUCCCUGUAACUCUGCGUCUGUCAGGCCUGAAUAGGUAGGUAACUCUCAGUAUCUGCCCAGCUAACAGGAGUCUACUGCCAUUCGUUUUCAACUCAUUACCUGCAGCCUAUUUAAACUCAGCUCUCAUCCACAAUCCUUGUUUACUCAUCGAUCUAGCCAACCUAGCCAAUCAGUUGCUCCCAGCCUUAAGGUAUCUUGUUGCCUUGUGGUGUUAAGUAUCUGUUCUCUCUUGUUUUGUGACCCUUUGUGGCUUGUUUGUCUAUAUUUCCUGACAGUAUCUACAAUCCCUUAAACCUACAAGAUCAACAAAAUCACCCCCAUUGCUCUGGACCAGGAUCAACUUUCACCUGCAGAUAUGAACCAAUAUCUGCUGAAGGGUCUCAGCUUGAAAUGUUGACUGUACUCUUUUCCAUAGAUGCUGCCUGGCCUGCUGAAUUCCUCCAGCAUUUUGUGUUGCUUUGAUUUCCAGCAUCUGCAGAUUUUUUCUUGUUUAUGCACUAAUAUUUGUACAGUUGGCUUGAUUUAUUUACUUAGUGAUACAGCAUAGUAAAAGGCCCAUCCAACCCAAUGAGCCCAUGCACCUAUGUGACCAAUUAACCUACCAACCUGUAUGUCUAUGGAACGUGGGAGGAAUCUGGACCAUUCGGAGGAAACACACAUGGUCACAAGGAGAAGGUACAAACUCCUUACUGAAAAUGACAGGAACUGAUCUCGAGUUGCUGGCACUGUACUAGCGUUACGCUAACGACUACAUCACUGCGUCCUUGUGGGAGAAUUACCGAGAUCUUCAUUAACGAUGGUCAACAUGUGAAAGACUCUGAAUAAAAGGUCUACAUUUUAGAAUAAUUCAUGUUAGCAGAAUGGUUCUGAUCUGGUGAGGGGUUCAAAGCACACUGUAGCUGGCUUUAAAUUCUAAAGUAUACGGUUCUUUGGGCACCACAGUAACACAACACUAUCACAGCUCAGGAUGUCAGAUUUCAGAGUUCAGUUCCAGCACCUUCUGUAAGAAAGUUGUGUGUGUUCUCUCCGUGAGUAUGUGAGUUUCCUCUGGGUGCUCCAGUUUCCUUGCACAGUCAAAAGAUGUAUGGAUUAGUAGGCUAUCUGGUCAUUGUAAGCUGUCCUGUGAUUGGGCUAGGCGGGUUAAAUCGUUCGGUUGCUGGUCGAUGCGACUCUGGGCUGGAAGGGUUCUGUUCUGCUCUGUAUCUCAGUAAAUAAAAUAAAUAAAAUGUGAGGAGGAGACCUAAGGUGAAAGUGCUUGGAGUAAUUGAUAUCUGGAAGGCAUUGCCAGAAGGGGUAUUGGAAUCAAUACAGUAAUUUCCAUUGAUGGUGCUUGACCUGCUGAGUUCCUCCAUCAUUGUGUGUCUGUUGCUUAAGGUUUCCAGCAUCUGCAGAACCUCUUGUGUUUGUGUACCAAAAAAGGCUCCAAAACAGUAUAACACCAAUGUUUCACCUGGACAAGAGAUUCUGCAGAUGCUGGAAAUCCUGAGAAACACAAAAUGCUGGAGGAACUCAGUAGGCCAGGCAGCAUCUGUGCAGGGGAAUAAAUGGUAGACAUUUUAGCCUAAGCACUUCAUCAAGACUGCUCAUCAGGGUCUCAGCCCAAAAUGUUGACCGUUUGAUCCUCUACCUAGAUGCUGCGUGAGAGCCUGCUGAGUUCCUCCAGCACUUAGUAUGGAUGUGUUUCUACAUUUCUGUUAUUUUUCUGUAAGGAUAGAAUUUUGACCAGGACCGACUAUAAUUGAGACACAAACUGCAAAGUCAAAGUAAAUGUAUUAGCAAAGUACAUAUCUGUCACCAUAUACGACCCCAUAGGGUAAUGUAAUUGGUGGAAAUGUCCAUAAUUCACAACCACUGACUGAGUUGGGGUUCACUGCAAGAGGCUGAUCUGAUGCAAUGACACAGUUAUGUAUAAGGCUUGUACUGCACUUUGUCUACAGUUUUAUGGAGUUCAAUAAAUUGAACUAAAUUGAA